GCCGCCUCCUCGCUCUGCCUGUCGGCGCGACCCAGGUGCCGGCGGGCAGGAGGCGCCCGAGGAUGUGCGGCUGGCCGCUGCUCCUGCUUUGGGGGCUGCUCCCCGGCGCGGCUGCGGGGGGCUUGGGCCGGGCCCUCCCGCACCGCACCCUCCUCGACUCCGAGGGCAAAUACUGGCUGAGCUGGGGCCCACGGGGCGGCCGGCUCGCCUUUCGCCUCGAGGUGCGCACCGCCGGCUACGUGGGCUUCGGCUUCUCGCCCACCGGGGCCAUGGCCGCGGCGGACAUCGUCGUGGGCGGCGUGGCCCACGGGCGGCCCUAUCUGCAGGAUUAUUUUACAAAUGCAAAUAGAGAGUUGAAAAAAGAUGCUCAGCAAGAUUACCACCUGGAGUAUGCCAUGGAAAAUAGUACCCACACAGUAGUUGAAUUUACCAGAGAACUGCAUACCUGUGACAUGAAUGAUAAGAGUAUAACGGAGAGCACUGUGAGAGUGAUCUGGGCUUACCAUCAUGAAGAUGUGGGCGAAGCCGGCCCCAAGUACCAUGACUCCAAUCGUGGCACUAAGAGUCUACGGCUGUUGAAUCCGGAGAAAACCACCGUGUUGUCUACAGCCAUACCAUACUUUGACCUGGUGAAUCAGGACGUCCCCAUCCCAAACAAAGGUACGACCUAUUGGUGCCAAAUGUUUAAAAUCCCUGUGUUCCAGGAAAAGCAUCAUGUAAUAAAGGUGGAGCCACUGAUACAGAGAGGCCACGAGAGUCUGGUCCACCACAUCCUACUGUACCAGUGCAGCAGCAGCUUUAACGACAGCGUCCUGGACUAUGGCCACGAGUGCUACCACCCUAACAUGCCCGAUGCGUUCCUCACCUGCGAGACCGUUAUUUUCGCCUGGGCCAUUGGUGGAGAGGGUUUUUCCUAUCCACCUCAUGUUGGAUUAUCCCUUGGCACUCCGUUAGAUCCUCGUUAUGUGCUCCUGGAAGUCCAUUAUGACAAUCCGACAUACAAGGAGGACUUAAUAGAUAAUUCUGGACUGAGGUUAUUUCAUACGACAGAUAUAAGGAAGUACGAUGCUGGGGUGAUUGAGGCUGGCCUCUGGGUAAGCCUCUUCCACACCAUCCCUCCAGGGAUGCCUGAAUUCCAGUCUGAGGGUCACUGCACUCUGGAAUGCCUAGAAGAGGCUCUGGAAGCUGAAAAGCCAAGUGGAAUCCAUGUGUUUGCUGUUCUUCUCCAUGCUCACCUGGCUGGCAGGGGCAUCAGGCUCCGUCAUUUUCGCAAAGGGGAGGAAAUGAGAUUACUGGCUUAUGAUGACGAUUUUGACUUCAACUUCCAGGAGUUUCAGUAUCUAAGGGAAGAACAAACGAUUUUACCAGGAGAUAAUCUAAUUACUGAGUGUCGUUACAACACAAAAGAUAGAUCCCGGAUGACUUGGGGAGGAUUAAGCACCAGAAAUGAAAUGUGUCUGUCAUAUCUUCUUUAUUACCCAAGAAUUAAUCUUACUCGAUGUGCAAGUAUUCCAGACAUCAUGGAACAACUUCAGUUCAUUGGUGUUAAGGAGAUCUAUAGGCCAGUCACGUAA